CUCGAUCCCCAUAAUUAGGAAAAAAGCUUAUGGAAGAGUAACAAACCCAAGAACCAACUGACGACGCCUUUUCAUUCCGAUUUCCUUUUCUUUCUUAUUUGGAUGUCAGCCCUGAUCACCACAUGCUCCCUACUGUUCGUGCCCAAAACAUCAUAUGACUCUCUCUCGAACAUCAUCUUUCGUCGAUGACGACGACAACGUUAAUUCCACGGUGAUUGCCAUUGAUAAAGAUAAGAAUAGCCAUUAUGCCGUGAAAUGGGCUGUCGACAACCUUUUGAGCCAUAGUACUGAUCAUUGCAUUCUCGUCCAUGUUCGAAAUCAAUGCUUGCAUCCUAACGAUUUUGAAGCUGUCUCCAAAGAAGGUCGCCCACCAACUGAAUCCGAGCUGCAACAGUUAUUCCUUCCCUACCGUGGAUUCUGCGCUCGAAAAGGGAUAGAAGCAAAGGAGGUGAUUCUCCAUGACAUUGACAUUCCAAGCGCACUUAUCGAUUAUAUUGCUCACAAUUCAAUCACCAAUAUCGUCGUCGGUGCUUCCCAUCGGAAUGCUAUUACAAGGAAAUUUAGAUAUGCAGAUGUUCCAUCUAGCCUAUUCAAAUCUGCACCAGCAUCAUGUGCGAUCUAUGUCAUAUCAAAAGGAAAAGUUCAGUCAACCCGUCCAGCAGGUCGACCCGAAACUUCGAGGCAGCGUUCGCAAAAGGGAGUUAGACAUACCGUUCAUCCUGAUACCCAUGACUCUGAUGAAACGAACAGAAACUCUGCUAUUGGAAGAUGGAGAAGCACAGGUUCUGACAAAUUUUCUCUCGAUAGAAGCAGCGAUUCCUUGCAUACACCAUCACACAGCAACUUUGGGUCUAGCAGCAGGGCUAGCUCUCCGACGUUAUCAAUGGACAGUUUCGCAUCAGCCAGUUCAUCCCAAAGAACUAGUGAUUCUUCGGAGCCAUUCAACUUCCGCUCAUACGACAUGUACUUCGACAACUUAGAAUCCUCAGUGGCCUUGGAGAGCUCCAAUAGCCCUGGCUCCUCACAUACCAUGAAAGGCAUCGAGGCCGAAAAGAUGAGACUGAGACUUGAACUGAAACACACCAUGGAUACGUAUAACUCAGUUUGCAGAGAAGCUGUUGUAGCCAGACAGAAGGCAGGAGAACUUCAGCAAUGGAAAAGAUUUGAACAGCAUAAAUUAGAGGAGGCCAAGCUUGCUGAAGAGGCUGCAUUAGUUUUAGCUGAAGUGGAGAGGCAUAAGACAAAGGCUGCCUUGGAAGCAGCCAAGAUGCAACAAAGGCUAGCAGAAAUGGAAACACAACGGAGAAAGAACACAGAAAUGCAGGCCAAGCAGGAGGCAGAAGAGAAGAAGAGAGAAAUGGAUACACUGGCAAACAACAACGUUAUAUAUCGAAGAUAUUCCAUGACAGAGAUUGAAGUGGCAACUGAUCAUUUUGACGGUGCAUUGAAGAUUGGUGAAGGCGGAUAUGGACCUGUUUAUAAAGGUUGGCUUGAUCACACUGUUGUUGCCAUCAAGAUCUUGAGGCCAGACUUAUCACAGGGGUAUCAACAAUUUCAACGAGAGAUUGAAGUUCUAAGCUGUAUCAGACACCCCAACAUGGUUCUUCUUCUAGGUGCCUGCCCAGAGUAUGGUUGCCUUGUGUACGAGUACAUGGACAAUGGCAGCUUAGAAGAUCGACUCUUCCGAAAAGACGACACUCCCCCGAUACCAUGGCCAACUCGUUUCAAGAUAGCUGCUGAAAUUGCCACUGGUCUUCUUUUUCUCCAAACUGACCCAGAGCCCAUAGUUCAUCGUGACCUCAAGCCAGGAAACAUUCUUUUAGACAAAAAUUACCAGUGCAAGAUAAGUGAUGUGGGUUUGGCCCGGCUAGUGCCACCAUCUGUAGCUGAUUCUGCCACUCAAUAUCACAUGACUGCUGCAGCUGGUACCUUUUGCUACAUUGAUCCCGAGUAUCAACAAACAGGAGAAUUGAGUGUGAAAUCUGAUAUAUAUUCAUUGGGUGUGGUGCUGCUGCAAAUCAUCACAGCAAGGCCUCCAAUUGGUUUAGCCCACCAGGUUGGGGAGGCCAUUGAGCAAGAAACAUUCUCGGAGAUGCUUGAUCCCACUGUGACAGAUUGGCCCAUCGAAGAGGUUCUAUCCUUUGCUAAACUUGCUCUGAAAUGCUGCGAGAUGAGGAAGAGGGAUAGGCCAGAUCUUGGUUCCGUUUUGUUACCGGAGCUUGACCGAUUAAGGGAUCUUGGGUCUGUCUAUUUGUCCAUUAAUAAUCAGAUGAUUGCUAAUGAAACACGCUUUACUAACUCUGAUCCGGUGAUUGGAUCAAUGAAUCAGGAGGAGCAUGACAUAUUGGAAAUAGGCAUCCAACGUAGAUCAUUAUGAGAAGAGGGUUGCGGCUAUUAAUUAUUAAAGAGUCCUUGAUCAGAAUAUGGAGCUAUAUAUAGAGCACAAAACACGUACAGCAGCUUUUCGGGAAACAAUAAUUGGAAACUCAACAAAAGAGGUAUACUGAAGGCUUUUUGCAAGUUUUUCCUCAACUGGACUCAAUCAAACAAGAGUGUACGUGCAAGUCCUUUUCGUAGAUUAAGAGCAUCAAGACAUGCAGCGUAUCAAACCCAAGAAAGCAUCCCGCCCUCUCAUAUUCCUGCACGAAGAAUAUAUAUACCUCCUUCACUUCAGUACCAAAGCAAGAGUCACAUAUUUAAAGGGAUCAUAUGUUUCAAAAGAACGACCUAGAGUGAUUGCCUUUCUAUCUUGUUACGCAUGAAUAACAUAGACGGAAGGUUAACCAAUAAUAUUGUAGUAAAUGCUGUGUUUUAUCAUAAAUUACUUUUUGUUUCAAGAAAUGUUAAUAAGCAUAUUCACAGUUAUAAUUAUUUUAAAUUGAUUCAUAAAUCGAUCGACUGUUAUAUAACAUUAUUCAUUUAUUCAAGAUU